AUGAGCGAACAGGCCAAAACAGAGCCGUCGUGCGGGGGGUACGACAGUGGAGUCCCCUGGUACCCUCUGAGAAAGUGGUGGCAGUCCAGCAGGCUUUUCAAUCAGGAUCUUGGCCUGCCGCCUUUCCUGGAGCCAAGGGACCCUCGGUGGAUGGAUGUGGACCAGCUCCAGAGGAGUCUGGCAGCCUGCUCCUGGCCAGGGUACAUACCCGCUCCACUGUUUGUGCCCUACAUCUCUGGGUCGAUGCAUCAUCCCGGCCAGAUUAGCAAGGAGCAGUACAAGUGGAGGGUCAGCCUGGAAGUGGCUCACUUCUUCCCCUCAGAGAUUUUUCUCAGCGUCAUAGACGGAUUCCUGGAAGUCAGAGGGAGACACGAGGAGAGGCCAGACGAGCAUGGAUUUAUUGCCAGAUGUUUUACAAGGAAAUACAGGCUCCCAGCUGAGAUUGAUGCUACCAAAAUCGUUUCCACUCUUUCUGUUGAUGGUAUCCUGACUGUGGAGGCUCCAGUUUCUGAAACCUCGGUUCCUGCUGCUAUCAUCAUUCCCAUAAAGGUGGAGCUGGAGGUGACAGGAGAAAAACAGGAGAAAGAAGAAGCUCCUGAUACGGAGCCCGACAGCAGCAGAGCACCAGAGGAUGAUGUGGAAGAGUCUCCACCAGAGGUCCGUGGUGAUGAGGCCCAGUCUGGCGGCGCCACAGCUGGCCUUCAGCAGCAUGAAGAGAGGAGGGGACAGGAGGAGGAGACCCAUGAAGAGCCAGCUGGAGAGUCCCACCCUACAGCACCGGUCGAUGGCGAAGGCCCAGAGAGUCUUCAAGAUUCUUCUGAGCAGCGUGAAGCCCAGGAAAGCCCAGAUACAGAUAUGUCCAAACAGCCGGAACACAAAGAACCAGCCGUGGAUGGAGAGAUCCAGGUAAUGGCAGGCUCAGGGGAGGCUGCUGAGGAGAUCACCCACCCUGAGGAGCCGGAGCUGGGCAAGGGUCCACCGAGUGAAGUCCCGAGCCAGGAGCUGGAGGGUCCAGACAUAAAACAAGGACACACUGAGUAG